UCAAUUCAAAUCACAAGAAGUCGAACCGGCCCUGAUGUUGAAUCUUAACCUUUCUCUCGUCCCAUUUCUCAUCAGUAUCUCUUUAUUUUCUUUCCAAUUUUCACCCAACUUUGUACUCUGAAGUCUCUCACACUCCCAUAUAAAACACUCAAAAUAACAUAUUUUUCUCUCCAACAAUUAAAACACUAAAACAACAUGACUUCUUUCUUCUGUUCAACCAAGUUCUUUCUACUCAUCUUUUUCGUAUCAGCAAUUCCUGUCGCCUUUGUCAUCCAUCUAGAAACAUCCGCCCCUACAACCCACGUCUAUCAUUACCAUAGCACCGGUUGGUUACGUGAGUGCUCCAAAUGGGACGGUCCGAACAGCCGGUUCAUCGUUAGUUUCUUUGAAGGCGGUUUAGGUGUGAUUCCGGUUCACGCUGAUUAUUCUUCUGGUAACGUGUUACAGGAAAUUCCGGUCGUGAAAGAUGUUGAUUUAACCGGCAAUGCAUCGCUCGGUUUUACGAUAGACCGGGAAAGGAACCGGGUUUUGGUUGCUAUUGCUGAUGUGUUUGGCAAUCGAUAUAGUGCAUUGGCUGCUUAUGAUUUGACAUCGUGGAACCGGCUUUUUCUCACCAAACUAAGCGGUCCAGAGGAUGAGAAAGCAUUUGCGGACGAUGUAGUGGUCGAUACAGAGGGGAAUGCAUACAUAACAGAUGCCAAAGCAAACAAGAUAUGGAAGGUGGGCGCCAAUGGAGAACUUAAAUAUACAAUCAAGAACCCAGUAUUUACUCCUAAAGAGUGGUACAAUAAACUGGUUGGGCUAAACGGAAUAGUGUAUCAUCCAAAUGGAUACUUACUGGUGGCUCACACAUUCUCUGGCAAUUUGUACAAGAUUGAAAUCGCAAAGGGAGAUGAAGUAAAACUAGUGAAGAUAAAUAACGGAUCAUUGAAAUUUGGCGAUGGCAUGGAGUUACUGUCUUCGACCAAGCUAAUUGUGGCUGGAAAUCCGACAAGACUAGUUGAGAGCUCUGAUGAUUGGGAGAGCGGCACUAUUGUGGGGAAGGCCAAAGGGGCUAUUCAUCGUUUAGCUACAGCAGCAACUGUGAAGGAGGGGACUGUUUAUCUUAACCAUAUGAUUGGUUUGGGGUAUCCUAGGAAAAAACAUGUUCUUGUUGAGGCUGUUUUUUCUGCCUAAUUUUACCACCCAUAAAAUUAAGAGUUAUAGGACUCCAUCCAUCCCUUUUAAUUUCUGUGUAAGAGUAAAUUUGAUACUUGAUUACCAAUACUGACUUAUGUUCCUCGGCAAGAACUGUCAAGUCUUAUUGUAGAAUAUAUAGUAUUUGUUUUGUUAUGCAUCA